AUGGCUGAUAACAGUGAUAUCAACACUGUCCUCAGCAACUCGCUGUCGCCAGACGCGGCUACGCGAACUGGCGCCGAGCAACAGCUUACCCAAGCUGCUGAGACUAACUUCCCUCUGUACUUGGCGACUCUAGUACAAUCAUUGGCGGACGAAAAUGCCCAGGGCAACAUCAGAGUCGCUGCUGGUCUCGCUUUGAAGAACGCAUUCUCCGCCCGCGAAUUCGCCCGUCAACAAGAACUACAAGCCAAAUGGCUCCAGCAGACGGAUCAAGAGACCAAGACUAGGGUUAAGGAACUUGCCGUCCAGACCCUCGCCUCUGACAACGCGCAGGCAGGCCAGGCUGCUGCUCAGGUCAUCGCUUCCAUCGCGGCUAUUGAACUCCCGCGGAACCAAUGGCCGGAUCUUCUAAACGUCCUGGUCCAGAAUGUCAGCGCUGGCGCGCCUCAUCAGAAGCAGGCUUCGUUGACUUGUAUAGGCUACAUCUGCGAAAGCCAGGAUGCCGAGCUGCGAACCGCCCUAAUCGGUCACUCCAACGCAAUCCUGACAGCAGUAGUUCAAGGCGCGCGAAAGGAAGAGACGAAUGCGGAAGUGCGCCUCUCCGCCAUUUCUGCCCUCGGAGACUCUCUCGAAUUCGUUGGCAACAACUUUAAGCACGAGGGAGAGCGAAACUACAUCAUGCAGGUUGUCUGUGAGGCUACCCAGGCCGAGGAUGCGCGCAUACAACAAGGCGCAUUUGGCUGUCUCAACCGCAUAAUGGCUCUCUACUACGAGAACAUGCGCUACUAUAUGGAGAAGGCUCUAUUCGGUCUCACGAUCCUAGGCAUGAAGAACGAGGACGAGGAUGUUGCUAAGCUUGCUGUUGAAUUCUGGAGUACCGUGUGUGAGGAAGAGAUUAACAUUGAGGAGGACAACGCUCAGGUCGACAGUGCCGACCAGAUGCGCCCCUUCUACAAUUUCGCCCGCGUCGCUACUAACGAGGUGGUGCCUACUCUACUCACGCUCCUUACCAAGCAAGACGAGGAUGCAACGGACGAUGAAUAUAACUUAGCACGUGCCGCAUACCAGUGUCUCCAGCUCUAUGCUCAAGCUGUUGGCCCGAACAUCAUCCCUCCAGUCAUCCAGUUUGUCGAGACGCAUCUCCGAUCGGAGGACUGGCAUUACCGGGAAGCUGCAGUGGCUGCUUUUGGUGCGAUUAUGGAAGGUCCUGAGGAAAAGGUGCUCGAGCCUAUCGUCAAACAGGCCCUUCCUAUUUUGAUCAGCAUGAUGGAAGACGCUUCCACUUUCGUGAAGGAUUCAACUGCCUAUGCUUUGGGCCGUAUUACAGAGGCUUGCUCUCAAGCUAUUGACCCUCAGCAGCACCUAGACCCUCUGAUCCGAUCGUUGUUUGCAGGUGUUCACGAUGUGAAGAUGGCAGCAUCUUGCUGCUGGGCGCUGAUGAACUUGGCCGAACGCUUCUCUGGAGACUUCGAUGCCGCCUCGAACCCUCUUACCCCCCAUUUCAACCAGAGUGUCCAAACUCUUCUCACCGUAACUUCUCAGCCUGGAUCUGAGACUGCCGUUCGCACUACGUCUUACGAGGUUCUUAGCGCUUUCGUCCAGCAUGCGGCCACAGACAGUUUCCCGGCAAUUGCUCAGCUAUCAGACGUGAUUAUCAAGCGCCUAGAGGAGACCAUUCCCAUGCAGAGUCAGGUGGUUAGCAUAGAAGACAAGAUCGCAUUAGAAGAGAUGCAGACUAGUUUGAACACCGUGCUGCAGGCGAUCAUCCAACGAUUAGAGAAGGAGAUUUCGCCUCAGGGAGACAGGAUUAUGCAUGUCUCGCUCCAGAUCCUCAGCACUGCGGGUGCCAAGUCCAGCGUCCCCGAGUCUAUCUUUGCAACGAUCAGUGGAUUAUCGAACGCUAUGGAGGAGGAUUUCGUCAAGUACAUGGAUGCUUUCACGCCGUUCCUUUACAACGCUCUUGCAAACCAAGAAGAGCCUAGUCUUUGCUCCAUGGCUAUUGGUCUCGUUAGCGAUAUUACACGAUCGAUGGGCGAACGCAGCCAGCCGUACUGCGACAACUUCAUGAAUUAUCUCUUGAACAAUCUAAGGAGCACGACGCUUUCGAACCAAUUCAAGCCCGCAAUCCUUCAAUGCUUCGGCGAUAUUGCCAACGCUAUUGGCGGUCACUUCGAGACAUACCUCUCGGUCGUCGCACAAGUCCUGCAACAGGCUGCGACUGUUACUGCCGCACCUGACGGCUCUUAUGAGCUUUAUGACUACGUCAUUUCCCUACGUGAAGGUAUUAUGGAUGCUUGGGGUGGCAUUAUUGGUGCCAUGAAGAUUAGUGGCAAGAACCAAGUUCUACAGCCAUAUGUGCAAUCAAUCUUCCAGCUGCUGAACAUCAUUUCCCAAGACAUGAAUCGCAGCGAGUCUCUCAUGCGGUCGUCUAUGGGAGUGAUCGGUGACCUCGCGGAUGCAUUUCCACAUGGCGAGCUGGCUGAAGCCUUCCGUCAAGAUUGGUUAACUGCUAUGAUUAAGGAAACCAAGACGAAUAGGGAGUUCCAGCCUCGCACGCUUGACACAGCACGAUGGGCCCGCGAACAGGUUAAGAGACAGCUCGGAGGUUCCACGUCUGUGAUGCAGCAAACCUGA